AUGAAACGUCCUCGUGAGACCUCGCUCUCGUCUUCCCAUCGACCACAUACCCGUCCUCGGUUGACCGGAUCCAACUUGGAACCUGUCAAUACAAAUGCUCCACGUCGAUUCCCUCAUUCUGCUCCUGUACCAAUCAGGGGAUAUUCGACUUUCCAUGCCUCAUCAUUCGAAUCUCAAACCCUUCAAGAUUUGCAGGUCGAUGAUCUUUCGGCACCAGGUCGUAUUGAAGAUGAAAAUACCCAAUACGAUAGUAUUUCAAACCCACUAACCGGGCAAGAUUUUCCUUCGGAUCACCAAGUUGACAUUUCAACUCCGGAAUUGACUCGUUCACCCACACCUCCCGCUAACAAUGAACCACUUCCUGCGUACAUCGUAGUAGAUAGACACUCUCUUCGACCUCUGCUCGGUUGGACGACGUACAAACGUCUCAAUCGGUCAACGGGGUUAUUCGAAGAUCAUCUAGUCGGUGUCAGUGAAACGAAUAUACAAGUGAUGGGAUUGAUACCUCAAGCGUUCAAUGGGAUGGACGAGAUGAAAACUGCUCUAUGGAGUAUAUUCAGACCUUGUGGGAAGAUUCUCUCGGUCAUGGUUUUCAAAGAGUUCGAAUACCACUCUUUAUAUACUGCUCAGAUAGAUUUCGAGGACCGUGAAAGUGCAUUGAGAGGUCUGCGAGUGAAUAACGGUUAUUUCCAUAAUUUCACUUGGCAUCCACUCAAGAUCUCUAGAAGAGCUUAUAAUCAUUCUUUAUGGGGAAUCGUCAAAUCAUCAGAAUUGUCCGAACUCCAAACACGUCUCUUAAAUUCGAAUAAAAGGAAUAUCCGAUUCCCACUUGAACUCGAGACUUUAUAUGGUGACCAGUUCUUUACCAACUUCGAUCUACCGAUGGCACCAUUACAUCUCGAGAAUUAUAGAUCCUUUGAUAAUUUAGGUGAAGAAUUUCGGCCAACAACGAUCGCACUCGACCAGGAGGAACGACAGGAACAUGAACUAGCUUCUUUCCCACUAAGUUCCAAACGAACCGAGAUACAUCGAAGAUUACUCAUGGAGCGAAAUAGGGUGAAAGAACAUGUACAUCCUGAAUUGGUAGGGUUGGUAGGGUAUAAUUGGCAGACUGGCAAAUUGGAUUCGCUGGAGGAACAGCAAGAGGAGGAGCAGGGGGGAGAGGGCUACGAGGAAGAUGCAGGGAUGGAGAUGGAUGAGGAUGUAGAGCAUGGGACUGGAGCAGGAGAAGGAGAAGAUGGAUGGAUGGAACUGGUCAUGGAUCCUUGGGAUGAACGAAUGUAG